AUGAGGUUACUACAGUCUAUCCCCCUGCUGGCCGUCUGGUCGUUCGUGAGCCUCACCAAUGCAAAAAUCGAUCGCAACCACCAGCAUGAAUUUGCACUCCAAGCUGCACGAAGCCCCGCUGGACGAUCACUAUCGUUUGCCAAAAUACAAUCAAAGGCAAAGAGCGAGGACCCAGACUACACCUGCUCCAAAAACAAGAAAUGUGAUCUGGGCUGUUGUGGUUCUAUUGAUAAAAACACAGGAAAGGGCGUCUGCGGCUUUGGCCCUGAUUUCUGCGGUAAAGGAUGCAUAUCCAACUGCGACCGCAAGAGCGAAUGUGACGCCGGCUGGGGCAAGCAGUGGUCCAAUCUCACAACAUGCCCGCUGAAUGUCUGCUGCAGCAGCGCCGGAUUCUGCGGCACAACUGAGCAAUACUGUGGCGGUGAACUUGUGUCUUCUCCGCAGUGCGAUCCAAACCAGAAAAGCUCUAGCGGGCGCACGAUCGGAUACUACGAGGGUUGGAACUGGCAGCGCGACUGCGGCACCAUGACCCCCCAGCAAAUUCCAUUGGGAUACUACAGCCAUAUCAAUUUCGCCUUUUCGCUGAUUGAUCCCAAAAGCUACCAGCUGGUUUCUAUGGACGAGAAGACAGGGAAACUCUACGAUCCGGUGCGUGUGCUCAAGGGCCGUCAGCCCGAUCUACAGGUCUGGCUCGCUAUUGGCGGAUGGGCGAUGAACGACCCAGGAAAAUAUCGUACGGUGUUCUCUGAUCUUGCAGCAUCUGAGAAGGAUCAGGACGCCUUCUUCGAAUCCGUGGUUUCGUUUUUGGAGAGUUAUGGCUUUGAUGGGGUGGAUCUCGACUGGGAGUACCCCGUUGCAGAUGAUCGGGGCGGCGUGGAGGCAGACUUCAAGAACUUCGUUACCCUCGUUAAGCGUCUGCGUAAACGUCUCAAUCAGAUGGGAAAACCGAUGGGGUUGUCACUGACUUUGCCUGCUUCAUAUUGGUAUCUUCGGGGAUUCGAUAUCGUUCACCUGGAGCCGCAUAUCGAUUUCUUCAACAUCAUGACCUAUGAUAUCCACGGCGUGUGGGACGGUAACAUCGAGCAACUGGGAUCAUACGCCCACGCACACACCAAUCUCACCGAGAUCGAGGACGGGCUGAAACUCCUCUGGCGCAACAACAUCAAUCCCGAGCGCGUCAAUAUGGGCCUAGGCUUCUAUGGUCGCAGCUUCACCAUGAAAGACCCCAACUGCAUGGAAGCCGGCUGCGAGUUCAGCGAAGGUGGUAACGGGGGCAACUGUACAGGCACUCCCGGAGUCUUGUCUGCCGCUGAAAUUACCAAGAUCAUUGACGACGGUGCGAAAGUAACGUUGGAUAAGGAGGCGGCCGCCGAGAUCGUCACCUGGGAUAAAGACCAGUGGGUGUCGUGGGAUAACAAGGAGACGCUGGCCAUGAAGCUGAACUACGCCAACGAGCGGUGUUUGGGAGGCGUGAUGGUGUGGGCGAUUGACCUCGAUGACGGCACGUUGAUCGAAUCACUGGUUGGUGCCGGGCAGAAAAGGAGGGAGGUUUUGCCGGAGCCGCCUUUGGUUAUUCCGUGCUAUGGGUCGGGGGACAGUGGCAAGGAGGAAUUGUAG